AUGAGUAGAAUGAGAGGAAUACCCCCAGGAAUAUUAUUAAUAAGAAACAUUAGAGGUAAAGAUUGGAAUUUAAAAACAUACAGAUAUUUAAUCCUAUUUAUUACUUUUAUUGCUUAUACUGCUUAUCAUGCCUCUAGAAAACCUAGUAGCAUUGUUAAAAGUGUGUUGGAUCCACAUCCCAUUAAUGACCAAUCUGUUAAUAAUGUUCUUCAUAAUUAUCGUCCUUGGCCUUUAGGAGAUGUUUUUGUUAAAUCAUCCCAGUCGAUAAUGAAUGAUACCGGUCGUUCUGAUUUAGAGGUCAACGAGCAGGAUAACGAUGGGUGGGCGCCGUUUAAUGGUAAAUACGGGACGUCUAAGUUAGGAGAGAUUGAUGUUGCGUUUCUUGCGGUUUAUUCGUUAGGAAUGUAUGUUGCUGGACAUUUAGGCGAUACUUUGGAUUUAAGGUUGUUUUUGACUACUGGGAUGAUUGGUAGUGGGAUAUUUGUUGGGUUAUUUGGGAUGGGGUAUUUUUGGGACGUUCAUCGUUUUUGGUACUUUUUAGGUAUGCAAAUGGCGGCCGGGUUGUUUCAAGCGACAGGGUGGCCGUCUGUCGUUGCAGUGAUUGGGAAUUGGUUUGGGAAAAGACGGAGAGGGUUGAUUAUGGGGAUAUGGAAUGCUCAUACGUCCGUUGGGAAUAUUAGUGGUUCUUUGCUUGCGGCUAGUGUUUUGGAUUAUGGUUGGGGGUGGUCGUUUAUACUUCCCGGUGCGUUUAUUGUUGUUGCUGGGAUUUUUGUUUAUUUGUUCUUGGCUGCUUAUCCUGAAGAUGUUGGGUUUCCGUAUCCAAGUGAUUCGUCUCCUAAUGCUAGAGGUGCGAUUAUUGAUGAUAGUUUGUGGGAAGAAGGUACGUCUAAUGAUGAAGAAGCUCCCGUGCCUAGAUAUUCUUCAGUGAAUCGAAAAGGAGUUGGGUUUGUUGGUGCUUGUUUUAUACCUGGGGUGAUUCCGUUUGCAUUAUGUCUUUUCUUCUCGAAACUUGUGGCUUACACGUUUCUGUUUUGGUUGCCAUUUUAUCUAAGCCAAACAGACAUUGGUGGAGAGCGUAUGUCUGUAAAAUCUGCAGGAAACCUCUCAACUUUAUUUGAUGUAGGGGGGAUUGUGGGUGGAAUUUUAGCCGGAUAUAUAUCUGAUAAACUUAAAGCUCGAGCUACCACCGCAGCCAGCUUUAUGUAUGCAGCUAUUCCAUCAAUGCUUCUAUACCGUUCAUAUGGGAAUAUCUCAAAAACCAUGAACAUCAUACUUAUGAUCAUUGCUGGCCUAUUUGUAAAUGGCCCUUAUGCACUUAUAACAACAGCUGUCUCUGCUGAUCUUGGCACGCAUAGUUCCCUAAAAGGAGAUUCUCGAGCCUUGGCUACAGUGACAGCUAUUAUCGAUGGUACGGGCUCCAUUGGGGCUGCUUUGGGCCCGCUUUUGACUGGUUUUCUUUCAACAAAAGGGUGGGAUUCUGUUUUUGCAAUGUUGAUGAUCGGCGCUUGUAUUGCGGGUCUGCUAUUAAGUCGCUUGGUUUGUUCUGAACUCACAGAUAGAACCACUUCCAUUAGCCCCCGUGGACGGAAUAAUGCCGAAGCUCCUUUAUCUCAAUCACUUUUACGUGACGGGAGGAGGUAAUCUUUUAUGAGCAUUGAUGGCAAUAGAUACACAUUGUUGCAGCCAAGAAUGAUAAGAUGCAUGUUUUUGGGCAACCAAAAACAAUAAGAUGCACGUCUAUAGGGGAGUCAUAUUGUAUCUGCAAGUUGCGACAUACAACGAAUUGUAUGAACAUACAGACUCACAUUGUUUUGUUUAUGUGUAACACUCGGAAAUACAUAGAUUUGUGGCAUUUUUUUGAAUCUUUUUGGUGUGUGUUUUGGUUUUCAUGGUGUGCUGAAGCUCCAGUUGAAGGUGAACUUUGUGGCUUUGGAUCUGGAGCAAGAUUACAUAAUUUAGAACGGAUUAGAUAAACAAUCUAUAAGCAUAAGCUUCAAAGGGACAUGAAUUAUGAACAUGUGUCUCAUUCUUUCCUUUGGAAAUAUGUUGACUUGAUCAUAUAUGUUGUUAUAAGCUGAUUGUGAAAGUUAUAAAUAAGAUAUUUUUUUCAUGUGACCAUGUAUUUGU